UACAUUAAAAAACCAAGUUUUAGUUCCUCAAAUAUUUUCUCAUUGCUUCCCAUCGAAGGACAAACAGAGCAUUUGUACUCAGGCCACUCAUUCUCCUUCCAUUUGCCUGGGACUCUGGAUAAACCUCUAGAAAAUGGCCUCUCAGGAGGAGGCUGACGAGGAGAGGAUUUCCCAGCAUGAGGAAGCCCUCCUCCCAGAGCUGUCUGCUCUUCUAGGCAUUGACGCGGUUCACUUUGUAAAGGAAAUGGAAAAAGAGGAACAGGAAGAACGAAAAAAAAUGCAGAAAGGCUUUAACUCAGAAAUGCGCAGUGAAGCAAAAAGGUUACAGAGUUUUGUGGCCUAUGACCCCUACAGCUCAUGGACACCCCAGGAGAUGGCAGCGGCUGGGUUUUAUUUUACUGGCGUAAAAGCUGGGGUGCAGUGCUUCUGCUGUAGCUUAAUCCUGUUUGGUACUAGCCUCCAGAGAUCCCCCAUAGAGGACCACAAGAAGUUUCGUCCACAUUGUGAGUUCCUUUUGGGCGAAGAUGUUGGCAACAUUGCCAAGUAUGACGUAAGAGUUAAGAACCCAGAGAACAAGCUGAGAGGAGGCAAAGCCAAGUACCAAGAAGAGACGGCCAGGCUUGAAUCCUUCAAAGAUUGGCCAUUUUAUGUCCAAGGGACAUCCCCAAGGGGGCUCUCAGCUGCUGGCUUUGUCUUCACAGGGAAACGGGACACUGUGCAGUGUUUUUCCUGUGGAGGAUGUCUAGGAAAUUGGGAGGAAGGAGAUGAUCCUUGGAAGGAACAUGCGAAGUGGUUCCCCAAAUGUGAAUUUCUUCAAAGUAAGAAAUCCUCAGAAGAAAUUGCCCAGUACAUUCAAAGCUACAAUGGAUUUGUUGGUGUCACGGGAGAACAUUUUGUGAAUUCCUGGGUCAAGAGAGACUUACCUGCGGCAUCAGCUUAUUGCAAUGACAGCAUCUUUGCUAAUGAAGAACUACGACUGGACACUUUUAAGAAGUGGCCCCAUGCAUCCCCUGUGGGUCCUGCAGCUCUGGCCAAAGCAGGUCUUUUCUACACAGGUAUAGGUGACAUCGUCCAGUGUUUUUCCUGUGAAGGAUGUAUGAACAACUGGGUGGAAGGGGAUGACCCAUUAGAAGAUCAUACCAAAUUUUUUCCUAAUUGUCAGUUUCUCCAAAAUAUGAAGGCGUCUGCAGAAGUGAUUCCAGACCUGGAGAGCCACGAGAAACUUUCUGAAUUAAUGGAAACCACAAGUGAAAUCAAUCUUGAAGAUUCGGCAGCAGUUAGUUCUAUAGUGCCAGAGAUGGUCCAGAGUGAAGCACAGUGGUUUCGGGAGGCAAAGAGUUUGAACCAGCAACUGAGAGAUGCCUACACCGAUGCCAGUUUCCGCCACAUGUGUUUGCUGGAGGUCUCUUCCCGUCUAGCCACAGACCAUUUGCUGAACUGUGAUCUGUCCCUUGCUUCAAAACACAUCAGCAGUCCUGUGCAAAAGCCUGUGCUGUUGUCCGAUGUCUUUGCCAACUUGAAUUCUGUCAUGUGUGUGGAGGGUGAAGCUGGUAGUGGAAAGACAGUCCUCCUGAAGAAAAUAGCUCUUCUAUGGGCAUCAGGAUGCUGCCCCUUGUUAAACAGGUUCCAGCUGGUCUUCUAUCUCUCCCUUAGCUCUACCAGACUGGACCAGGGGCUGGCCAACAUCAUUUGUGACCAACUCCUAAAGACUGAACGAUCUGUUACUGAAACGUGCCUGAGGAACAUCAUCCAGCUGUUGAAGAAUCAGGUGUUAUUCCUUUUGGAUGACUACACAGAAAUGUGCUCAGUCCCUCAAGUCAUACAAAAACUGAUUCAAAAAAACCACUCAUCAAGGACCUGUUUGUUGAUUGCUGUCCAUACAAACAAGGCCAGGGACAUCCGCCGAUACCUAGAUACGAUUCUAGAGAUCAAAGUGUUUCCCUUCUACAAUACUAUCUAUGUAUUACGGAAGUUCUUUUCUAAUCAUUUGACCCGUCUGCGAAAGUUCAUGAUUCACUUUAGAGUAAAUGCAAAUUUGCAGGGAAUUCAGAAAACUCCUCUUUUUGUAGCAGCAGUCUGUGCUAAUUGGUUUCAAAACCCUUUUGACCAGUCCUAUGAUGAUGUGGUUGUUUUCAAGUCCUAUAUGGAUUGCCUUUCCUUAAAGCACAAAACUUCAGCUGAACGUCUCAAAGCAGCUGUGUCCUCUUGUGGUGAGUUAGCCUUGAAAGGGUUUUUCUCAUCUUGCUUUGAGUUUAGUGACAAUGACCUUAUAGAAGCAGGGGUUGACAAAGAUGAAGAUCUAACCAUGUGCCUGAUGAGUAAAUUCACAGCCCAGAGACUGAGACCAGUCUAUAAGUUUUUAGAUCCCACAUUCCAAGAAUUUCUUGCUGGGAUGAGGUUGAUUGUACUCUUGGGUUCAGAUAGGCAAGAUGAUCAAGAUUUGGGACUUUAUUAUUUGAAACAAAUCCAAUCACCCAUGAUGAUUGUCAGUCCCUGUAACAAUUUUUUGAAAUAUGUCUCCUGCUAUCCUUCAACAAAGGCAGGGCCAAAAAUUGUAUCUUAUUUACUUCAUUUGUUGGAUAAUAAAGAGUCAUUGGGAAAUAUAUUUGAAAAAGAUGACAACCUGAAGCACCAUUCGGAUGAUUUGGAGAAGGUGCACUUAUAUAGGAUAUUGUGGCAAUUCUCUCCACAAAAUUACUUUUCUCUGCUUUCAGACCACUUGCUGGCUUUUGCCAUAAGACUUGCUUAUCAAAGCAACACUGUUGAAGCAUGUUCUCCAUUUAUUUUGCAAUUCCUUCAAGGGAAAACCCUGCCUUUGGAUAUGCUUAAGUUACAGUAUUUUUUUGACCACCCAGAAAGCCUGUUAUUGUUGAGGAGCAUCAAAGUCUGCAUAAGUGGAAAAAUGAAAAUCUGGUCACCUAUAUCAGAUAGUUCAGUUCUGGAAAAGUGUUGGGACAAAUCACAGGCACCAACAAUACAUCAGGACUGUGCUUCUGCCUUUGAAGAUAUGAUGGAAUGGGAGCGGACUUUAACUGAAAAACGGGAAAACAUUAUGAGAUAUAUGAAUAUGAAAGUCAGUGCACCACCAGUCAUCAGUACCGGCUAUUGGAAACUUUCUCCAAAGCAGUACAAGAUUCCCCUUCUGGAAGUCCAUGUGACUAAUAUGGAUGGUGUGGACCAAGAGAUGCUCAGGGUUCUAAUGGAAGUUUUCUCAGCUUCACAGCACAUUGAACUUCAUUUAAAGGACAGCAUGGGCUUUAUUGAAAGCCUUCGCCCAGCUCUUGAGCAGCAUACAGCUUCUUUCACCAAGUGCUCCAUAAGUGAAUUUGAGCUGAAUGCAGCAGAACAGGAAUUGCUUCUCAACCUGACUUCCUUGGAAUCUCUUGAAAUCUUAGGAACAACCCAGAUACAAGAUCAGCUCCUUCCUAAGUUGGACAAAUUCCUGUGCCUGAAAGAACUGUCUGUGAAUAUCGACAAAAGAAAUGUGUUUUCAGUCAUUCCUGAAGAAUUCCUAAACCUCCACCAUAUGGGGAAAUUAUUGAUCCAAAUUUCUGCUGAGAAUGGUCCUUCCAAACUAGUUAAAUUAAUUCAGAAUUCUCCUAACCUUCAUGUUUUCCAUCUGAAAUGUAAUUUCUUUUCGGAUUUUGAGUCUCUCAUGACCGUACUUGCUUCCUGCAAGAAACUCAAAGAAAUUAAGCUUUCUGGAGCAUUUUUUCGACCCGUCCCAUUUGUCACCAUUUUGCCAAAUUUUACUUCUCUGAAGAUAUUAAAUCUUGAAUUCCAAUAUUUUGAUGAUAAGGAAGCGUCUGAAAAAUUUGCCUACACUUUAGGUUCUCUUACCAACCUGGAAGAAUUGAUCCUUCCUACUGGGGAUGGGAUUCAGCAAGUGGCCAAACUGAUCAUCCAGCAAUGUCAGCAUCUUCGAUGUCUCCGAGUUCUCUCAUUUUUCAAGACUUUAAAUGAUGAGAGUGUAAUGGAAAUUGCCAAAGUAGCAAUCAAUGGAGGUUUCCAGAAACUUGAGAACUUAAACCUUUCAGUGAAUCACAAGAUUACAGAGGAAGGAUAUAGAAAUUUCUUUCAAGCUCUGGACAACUUGCCAAAGUUGCAAGAGUUGACGAUUUCCAGGCAUUUCGCUGAGUGUAUCAGAGCCCAGGCCACCACAGUGAAGUCUUUGGGUCAAUGUAUGUCACGGCUGCCGAGCCUCACCACAAUCAACAUGUUAAGCUGGCUCCUGGAUGCAGAAGACAUCACACUGCUUACUUCUAUGAAAGAAAAACACCCUCAAUCUAAACACUUAUCUAUUCACUGGAAAUGGUUAUUGCCAUUCUCUCCAAUCAUUCAGAAAUAGAAGAUUUGGCUAAAAACUGCUGAGUCUAGAAAAUUUUUGUCAAAAAUUCUAAAAACCUAAUUAUCCAAAAACAUUUUAUCAAGUAUUGCAUGCAAAAGAAUAUUUCUAAAACGUAAGGUAUGAAAAAAAUAACAACAACCCUGCCUGCCCAUCACUGAACUUAAGAAACAGAUUAUUGCCAGUAUCUUUGAAGGCUCUCAAUGAUCGUCCCAACUAAAGUUUAUACAUCUAACCCUCCAUCAUCCAUCAUCAGCAUCAGGUUUUCAGGCCAACCAUGGUAAAGAGUAACAAAGCCACAAGGAGGGGGUGGAGGGAGGUACACUGAUCUUUUUAAAAGUCACGAUAUGGAAGAAUUCACAUUAUAUAUGAAAUGACUAACUUAAGGACUGAAUCAGUUUCAUACAUAGGUGAAACAAGAGUUCACUUUAACACAGGGUGCAGAUGAAUCUUUUGUGGGCCAAGAGAGAUUUCCUUAAUUCUUACAGUAUCUGUUCUGUAUAUUUAACUUUGGUGUAAUCGAGUUUACUUGUACCUUCCCAUUAUCCACUGCCAAUGUGAAAAAGAAAUAGGAUUUAGGGGGAAAUGCUUUAAUUCCAGAGGAUUUGAUUCAAAUGCCCUGGCACUCACUCUUAUGUUUCUAAACUUCUUCUUUCUCACAUAUCCCAGCCUCUCCAACUCUCUAACAUCCUUCCACUGUGCCCAUGAGUAACACGCCCCCUAUCCUCAGCCUCUUUUCUAAGCAUUCCCUGCACCUUCUCGUUUUAACUCCCGAUUUUUUCAAACUUUUUUUUAAACAAGGACCCACAACAAGGAAUAACUUCUAUAUUAAAAAUUUUACACACAUUUAUAUACAUACUCACAACUGAAACAAGGUUAAAAAAAUA